AUGAGCCUAAAACAUUUUUCUGGUAUGAUGAAGACCAAUCAUUAUGCACUAUCUGCAUUCAAUGCAACUUGGGCAUUAAUUCAACUAUUAGUAAGUGUAGGUCUAUAUGUGUUAAGUAUAGUAUUAUCAACAGUAUUCACGGCUAAUUUAAUAUCUGAUUUAACAAUAUUAAAAUCAAAAGGUUUUAUUUCUGGAAUUAAUGAUAUCAAAAAUGAAAAAGUACCUUUUAAUUCUUUUCUUUCACCAUCCAGUAGUAUAAAUAAUAAUAAAAAUACUGAAACACCAAUAUCAAAGGAUCUCGAUAUUGUUCGAACAACUUCAUCAAAACCUUCACAAGAACAAAAUUGUCUUCAUCAACAAAUAUCAUUUCAAGGACGUCAUCAAUGGCAUCGUAUAUAUUUUCAUGAAAUAUCGAAACAUGUUGAUAAACAAUAUCUUGCAGCAUAUGAUUUCAAGUAA